UCAUGAACUGUGUGGCGCAGGUGAUCGUCUCCUGUGGGAAGCUCCGUGAAAGGAAUAUGGAGGACAGAGAGGAGGGAGACCCUCCCUCUAAAACCACUCUGUGUGGGGAACAUGAGAGCCAGACCAAAGCUCAGAGAAAAAAACACAGAAUCAAACGCAAACCUGAAACUGGAUCCAGCUGUGAGUCUGCCAAAAGUGAGAUGUCAACAAAUGACGAUGUUAAAAGACAGUGCACCUCUGAAUCUAAGAUCACUCAGAGUCCAGGAUUUCCUGAACCUAAACCCAGCUGUGUGUCCUUGAAGAGCAACCAGUCAAAGGGCAUUGGAGAAACCUUUAAAGCGGAACUUUCUGAGAUAGAGAGGAUCCCUCAGAGAAAAGACUUUCCUGGACCUGAACUCAGCUGCGUGUCCUUAAAGAGCAACCAGUCCAAGGGCAUUGGAGAAACGUUUAAAGCACGGCCUUCUGCUGUAAAGAGAGUGGACAAGGGGACCUCUGAGUCUCAAAGUGGUCAGUCUGUGCAGCAGCAUCAAAUGCAUAUGGACACCAUAUUUAUGGAGCUGGAGGGUAACGUCAUCACUUUUGUGAAGAAUGAGUUGAAGAAGAUCCAGAAGGUUCUCAGUCCGAAUUAUCGCGAAUGCUUGAAGAGGCAAAAGGAGGAUGAGGAGGUGUUGGAAGGUAGGGAUGAAGAGAAGAGGAGGAGCAGCAAAGAGGCUUUUCUGAAAAUCAUACUGGACUUCCUGAGGAAAAUGGACCAGGAGGAGCUGGCUGACCGUCUGCAGAGUAGAACACAUGGUGUUGUUUGCCACGAUCUUAAAUCAACCCUGAAGAAGAAGUUCCAGUGUGUGUUUGAGGGGAUCGCUAAAGCAGGAAACCCAACCCUUCUGAAUCAGAUCUACACAGAGCUCUACAUCACAGAGGGAGGGACUACAGAGGUCAAUGAUGAACAUGAGAUCAGACAGAUUGAAACAACAUCCAGGAAACCAGACAGACCAGAAACAACAAUCAGACAAGAAGACAUCUUUAAAGCCUCACUUGGAAGAGAUGAACCAAUUAGAACAGUGCUGAUAAAGGGAGUGGCUGGCAUUGGGAAAACUGUCCUAACACAAAAGUUAAUUCUGGACUGGGCUGAAGACAAAGCCAAUGAGGACAUUCAGUUUAUAUUUCCAUUCAGUUUCAGAGAGCUGAAUGUUCUGAAAAAGGAAAAGUUCAGCCUGGUGGAACUUGUUCAUCACUUCUUUACUGAAACCAAAGAAGCAGGAAUCUCCAGCUUUGAAGAGUUUAAAGUUGUGUUCAUCUUUGAUGGUCUGGAUGAGUGUCGACUUCCUCUGGACUUCCGCAGAACUAAAGUCCUAACUGAUCCUAGAAAGUCCACCUCAGUGGAUGUGCUGUUAAUAAACCUUAUCAGGGGUAAACUACUUCCCUCUGCUCACCUCUGGAUAACCACACGACCUGCAGCAGCCAGUCAGAUCCCUCCUAAAUAUGUAGAUAUGGUGACAGAGGUCAGAGGUUUCACUAGAUCACAGAAGGAGGAGUACUUUAGGAAGAGAUUCAGAGAUGAGGAACAGGCCUGCAGGAUCAUCUCCCACAUCAAGACAUCACGGAGCCUCCACAUCAUGUGCCACAUCCCAGUCUUCUGCUGGAUCACUGCUACAGUUCUGGAGGAUAUGCUGAAAACCAGAGAGGAAGGGGAACUGCCUGAGACCCUGACUGAGAUGUACAUCCACUUUCUGGUGGUUCAGGCCAAAGUGAAGAAGGUCAAGUAUGAUGAUGGAGUUGAGACAGAUCCACACUGGAGUUUGGAAAAUACAAAGAUUAUUGAGUCUCUGGGAAAACUGGCUUUUGAGCAGCUGCAGAAGGGAAACCUGAUCUUCUAUGAAUCAGACCUGACAGAGUGUGGCAUCGAUAUCACAGCAGCCUCAGUGUACUCAGGAGUGUUCACACAGAUCUUUAAAGAGGAGAGAGGACUGUACCAGGACAAGGUGUUCUGCUUUGUCCAUCUUAGCAUUCAAGAGUUUCUGGCUGCUCUUCAUGUCCAUCUGACUUUCAUUAACUCUGGAGUCAAUCUGCUGGAAGAACAACAAACAGGUACACACCUUUACCAGAGUGCUGUGGACAAGGCCUUACAAAGUCCAAAUGGACACCUGGACUUGUUCCUUCGUUUCCUUCUUGGUCUGUCACUGGAGACCAAUCAGAGUCUCCUACGAGGUCUGUUAAACCAAACAGGAAGUAGCUCACAGACCAAUCAGGAAACAGUCCAGUACAUCAAGAAGAAGAUCAAUGAGAAUCUAUCUGCAGAGAAAAACAUCAACCUGCUCCAUUGUCUGAAUGAACUGAAUGAUCGUUCUCUAGUAAAAGAGAUCCAACAGUACUUGAGAUCAGGACGUCUCUUCACAGAUAAACUGUCUCCUGCUCAGUGGUCAGCUCUGGUCUUCAUCUUGCUGUCAGCAGAAGAAGAUCUGAAUGUGUUUGAUCUGAAGAAAUACUGUGUUUCAGAAGAGGCUCUACUGAGACUGCUGCCAGUGGUCAAAGCCUCCAAGAAAGCUCUAUUGAGUGAGUGUUUCCUUUCAGAAAGAAGCUGUGAAGCUCUGUCUACAGUUCUCAGCUCUCAGUCCUCUAGACUGAAACAGCUGGAACUAGGCAACAAUGACCUACAACAUUCAGGAGUACAGCUGUUAUCAGUUGGAUUGAAGAGUCAACACUGCACACUUGAAACUCUCAGGAUGAACGGCUGUAACCUCUCAGAAAGAAGCUGUGAAAGUCUGUCCUCAGUUCUUAGUUUCCAGUUCUCCAGUGUGAGAGACCUGGAUUUGAGUAACAACGACCUGCAGGAUUCAGGAGUGACACUCCUGUCAGCUGGACUGCAGAGUCCACACUGCAAACUGGAAGCUCUAAGUCUGUCAGGCUGUCUGGUUACAGAGAAAGGCUGUGAUUCCCUUACAUCAGCUGUAACCGCCAACACUACUCAUCUGAGAGUGCUGGACCUGAGCUACAAUCAUCCUGGAGAGACAGGAGUGAAUCUCCUGAAGCAGCUGACUCUGGAGACUCUCAGGGUGGAGCCUGCUGGAGUCCAAUGGUUGACACCAGGUCUGAGGAAGUAUUCCUGUCAACUCACAAUCGACACAAACACAGUGCACACAAACCUCAAACUGUCUGACAACAACAGGAAGGUGACACAUGUGGAGGAGGUUCAGUCAUAUCCUGAUCAUCCAGACAGAUUUGAUGACCGUCCUCAGCUGCUGUGCAGAGAUGGUCUGACUGGUCGCUGCUACUGGGAGGUCGAGUGGAGAGGCAGGGUUGACAUUUCAGUGAGUUACGGAGGAAUCAGAAGGAAAGGAGACAGUAUUAGUUGUUUGUUUGGUGGAAAUGAUCAGUCCUGGAGUCUGAGCUGCUCUGAAAAUCGUUAUUUUGUCUGGCACAAUAACCAAAAGACAUGUUUUUCUUCAUCCUCCUCCUCUGUCUCUAACAGAGUAGGAGUGUAUGUGGACUGUCCUGCUGGCACACUGUCCUUCUACAGAGUCUCCUCUGACACUCUGAUCCACCUCCACACCUUCAACACCACAUUCACUGAACCUCUUUAUGCUGGGUUUGCGUUCAGGCCUGUUUCUUCAUUGUGUUUGUGUAAAUCUGUAGAAUCAGAGAUUUUCCAGGCAAACAGAAACUGUUGAACAGAUAAUGCAGUCUGUACGUGUCUGUCACUUUCCUUGUAAACUUUGUCUCUUUAGUCCUUUAACGAUGAAAGUUACAAUUAUUCCAGCAUCCACAUGUUGUUUUUCUGUCCUCCUCCUCCACUCACAGCUUUAUAGUGAAAUAUGCUGUGUUUCUCUAAACUUAACUCACCUGAGAUGAUUUAGUUUGCUGUUCGCAGUUAGUUUGCUGUACAUGAGACAAACUGUGAUAUCAGGGAGGAAUCACUGAGCUACACAAACCCAGAAGAUGAAUUUACAAACUCUUCAGAGACAUUCACACAUAAUUUUUCAGUGAACAAAAGUGUAGAGACCAGCCGGGGUUUAUCCAGAUUUUAUUCAUAAUUAAUGACUUAAAUGAACGUGUGUGUGUGUGUGUGUGUGUGUGUGUGUGUGUGUGUGUGUGUGUGUGUGUGUUGCCGUCUGUGAUGUGAUGAUAUUUAUCUGACAUUUCAUAGAAGCAAAAAAUGAAUUUCCUAAAGGAGAAUAAACACUAAUAACUAACGCUGCAUUGCUCUAAAGCUAAGACACAGUUUUUUAUGACACAGUUUUAUGGCUGUAUUUAUGAUCAGCAUUGUCGUACAUAUCGAAGCAGGAAGAUGUUGAUUGAUUCCUGCAACCUGAAUAAACUUGCGUUGUUGCA